AAUCUGUGAAGGAAAGUAUGUGAGUUUUUUGUUUUGUUAUUUAUGGACGAUCCUGGUAUGAAAGUGGGUGUGAAAUAUUAUAACUUAAAAUUGUAAAAGAAUUAAAACCUUUCGUUUAAGAUCUUUUGCACUCGCAAAAAAAGAAAAGUUGAAUUUAAAAACAAUGUCAAGAUAUGAAUUAAUUUCUGACGAAUUUAUUUCAAAAUGUUGUGGUGAAAUAAGCUAUGAAAUUGGAAGUAAUUGGUUUCGAUGGGGAAGACAUCUAGGCUUAAGUGACUCUGAUCUUGAUAACAUUAACUGUGAUAAUAUAACUUGUUGUGAGAAAGCUCAUAAUGUUAUUAAAAAAUGGAAACAAAUAAAUGGAAAUCUUUCUUGGGAACAAAUAAAGAAAGAAUUGAUAGCUUUUAAACGUAAUGAUAUCGUAGUUGAAAUUGAGAAAAAGUUUGGAGUAACUUCAAAUUCUCAAAAAAUAGACGACAGACUUUCUGCCAACAAAGAUAUAUCUGAGAUAAGCACAGCAUUAAAGUACUAUUAUCUUGCAAAUUAUGGGAAAAUAAAUGAAAUUCAACCACUAUUGAAAGCACAUUCAAAUGUUGAUUUAAUAAAUAAAUUUGUUGAUCUAUGUAUUGUUGAUGCAAAUGAUGUUCAAAUAGAUGUUGUUUGUAAUGUUGAACGAAAAAAAUAUCUUGAAAAGCAAAUGAGUUAUACACCGAUUUCAUAUAGUGAAAUAUUUUUAAAACAAAAAUCUAAUAUGUUAAUAUCUGGAGUGGCUGGUAUUGGAAAAACGUGGUUGCUUAGAAAAUGUUUGCUUGAUUGGUCAAAUAGUUUAAUUUGGAAUAGUUUUGAACUUGUAUUUUAUUUGGAAUGUCGGAGUCUUAAUCAAUUUCAAAAUGCUUCUAAUGUUAAUGAAUUACUAAAUAUUUUCUACAAAGAUAUUAUUAUUGAUUUUAAUAUUAGUAAUCAUACUGUACUGUUUGUAAUUGAUGGAUUAGAUGAGUUUAAAUAUUUAAAUGAUUUAAUUAGUUUGAGAUUAACUCGCUAUUAUCCGAUUGUUAAGGCUUUAGGGGAAAUUCGAAAAUACAAAACUGUAAUUGCUGGUAGAGUUUAUGCAAUUGAUAAAUACCUAAGUAUGUCUAUAGAACACCGUGAUAUGUUAACGAUUCAAGUGAUGGGAUUUAAUGAAAAUGGAAUAAAUAGUUAUAUUGUAAAUAAUGUUAGCGAAGAUAAAAAAAAAAUUGUAGAAACAACUUUGAAGGAAUCUUCAAUUGCAAAGUCCAUGGCAUCUGUUCCAUUUUACUUAUCUUGCAUGUGUAAAAUUAUUUGUAGUUCAAAGAAAAUAUAUACAAAUUCUUUCCUAACAAUGACGGAUUUGUAUGCAAAUAUUUUUUUAUACUUUUUGCAAAAACACAUCAUCAAAAACAAUGGAUUAGUUUAUCAAAUGAUGGAAAAUGAAAACAAUAAAAAAUAUGUUUUAAACAUUUGUAGGAUAGCCUUUGAAUUGUUUGUUGAAAAUAAAUUUAUUUUUUCAAAAAAGGAAAUUUUACUAUUUAUCAAUAACUUUAAUGAAGUUGAAGAAAGUUUUUUCGGUUUUAUUGAAAGGGUUGAAACGCAUCUAGGCUAUCAUUAUCAAUUUGCGCAUUUGACAGUAAUGGAGUUUUGUGCAUCUGUAUAUGCAUACAAUGUUUUAAGCAAUGAAGAGAUCGUGGCUAACAAAAAUUUGAAGAGUUGUUUGCCAAUGAUUUGUGGAUUAACCAAUGAAAAUCAAAAUAGCUUAUUAAAGUUUCUUGUUAACCUGAAUCCUUCGAAUAAAUCCUGUAAAAAAUCUUUACAUUUGCUGUCUGUUUUGGCAGAUGUUAAAACGAAAUUUCCAAACCGCUUGGAACAUCUACAAAGUUAGGGGCGAGGGAAGUAUCAACAAACAAUUUUUUACUGUUUGUACAAAAUCGCUAUCAGAAGUUUUGUUCCAACAAUAACAGCCUCAAUGAUGAGCUUAUUUCCAGACGUUUAUCAACCAUUUAUAAUGAGCAAUUUAAGAAGUUAAUCAAUGCCUAUAUUGAUAAAGUAAGAGUUUUUUUUUGUACAGACUGCCAACAUUUCUCCAAGUGAUUUUGAACUAGAAGGAUACUCUUGGUUAAAUGCAUAAAAAAACCCAGAUUUUGGCGUGUAUAAUAUCAACAAGUUUUUUUAGGGGGCAACCACAACGACAAGAAAUUCGUCGUAAACUAUUGCGGUGGAAAAAAAUAAUUUGGCUGUUUUUAUAGAUUCUGUCUCUCCCAGGCAUAUGCAAUAUUAUUUACAUUUUGUAAUCGUCUAAUUGAGAAGUUACGGUGUUUAGAAUAAAUGAUCAACAAAGUCCAUUAAAAAUGUAAAGACUGAAAUUUAAAAAAUUAAUUUGAUUCAUUUUUAGCAAAAAUAUACAUUUUUUAAA